UCAAAUGAAAUACACGGGAAGUGUCAUGAUUACUUCAAGAAUACUACAUAAAGACGUCGUCAUUCCAAAGAGGUUUUUACUGAGUGUUUUGCAACUAGCAAGUGUUCUGAAACGUAACAUAACGUUUCAUAAUCUCUCGUGCGUCUAAAAGAAACCAAAACUGCGAGGUCUCAACAGAGAGAGACACAAAAUCACCAAUAUACUGUAAAAGCUUAAAAGAGGCAAUCCGCCAUAUUCUCAGUUUGACAGCGAUUCAUGAAAUAAGGAAGUGGGCCCACCUUACAGCAGGACUGCAGAGGUGAGGGAGUGGCCACCUGCCACCCUCUUGCUCAACUGAGAGAGUGAGACACAAACUGUGAGGCCUGGACUCUCCGAGAGGAAUUAUACUGUUGUGUCAAGUUUUAAUUCUUGGAGGAAGUAAAUCAGAAUCAGGAUUUUUUGAUAUGAUGGUGCCAACCCAACUGUGACAAUGUAUGAGGUGAUGUCUGGUGACACCCUGGCCUGGAAGGUGCCCAGUCCAAGACAAAGUGACACCGAGUCCAGCCUAGAAUCACACUUCACAGGGGACGGAGGGCCCGUCAAGAUCCUCAAAGUGUGCUUCUGCACCAACAACAACCUGGGCAAGAACUUCAAGCUGGUCAAAUGUGACAGCUCCUGGCAAAUUAGGGCAUUCAUCCGUUCGAUCCUGGUGAGCGGUCGACUGGGGCCGAACAUCAAACACACAGGAUGCUACGGUCUCCUGCUGAAACACUUGAAGUCUGAAGAACUUCACUGGCUGCAUCCGGAUUUGACUGUAGGAGAGGUAGAACAACGAUAUGAGAGCCAUCAUGUGGAAGCUGAGUGGAGGUACGACCUUCGUAUCAGAUACGUUCCUGUCAACUUCCUGGAAAAAUUCCAAGAUGACAGAUCUACAUUGCUGUAUUUUUACCAGCAGGUGCGUAGUGAUUAUAUGCAGUAUCAUGCCAGUAAAGUCAGUGAUGGGAUGGCACUGCAGCUCGGUUGUUUGGAGAUCAGGAGGUUUUAUAAAGACAUGAAUGCAAAAGGUCUAGAGAAGAAGUCCAACUUUGAGCUACUAGAAAAAGAAGUGGGCCUGGACCUUUUCUUUCCUGAACAACUGAUCAACAGCAUGAAGUCAAAGCAGCUACGGAAGCUGAUUCAGCAAACGUUUCAACAGUACGCAACACUCAAGGAGGACGGCUGCAUGGUCAAGUUUUUUGAGACCCUCAAAGAAUUCGUCAGCUAUGAUGAAGAGGUCUUCCCAUGUGAACUGGUGCAAGGUUGGAGUCUGUCAGUGGAGCUGGUGGUUGGUGGAAGGGGCAUUCGCCAACGCACUCAGAAGGAUUCAGCGGCUGUGUUUCUUGCCGACUUCAAACAGAUCAAGAGAGUACAGUGCUUAUCUCGGAGCGACGGCAAAGCUCUGCUAAACCUCGACAUAGAGGGGGCCAGACAAUGUCUAUCGAUCAAUGUGGCCACAGUCCCUAUGGCAGAGAACAUGAUGGACCUUAUUGAUGGGUACUGCCGCCUGGAAAAUGAAACAGAUGAAAGUGUUAUCUACCGACCAAAUAGAGAUGCUAAUGCACGAAGUUCCCUGCCAGAGAUUCCUACAGGCAGAGACACCAGCUCGAGCAGACACAGUAUGGGGUCAGAUAUCUACUGUGAGAUCCUUGAUGAGAGGCCGAGAUCAGUUGUGAAGUAUGGGAUCGACCGAAAUGACAUCGUACUUGGACGAAUUCUUGGGGAGGGGUUUUUUGGGGAAGUCUACGAUGGAUUUUACAAAAAAGCUAAUGGAGAUAGGGUCAAUGUGGCGGUGAAAACCUGUAAAGACUGUUCACCUGAUGUGAUGGAGAAGUUCAUGAGUGAAGCAGUAAUAAUGAAGGGCCUCGAACAUCCUCACAUCGUCAAACUGAUUGGAAUCAUAGAGGAGGAUCCUGUGUGGAUCGUUAUGGAGCUUUAUCAGUACGGAGAGCUCGGAAACUACCUGACUCAGAACCAGAAAAAUCUGACAAAUACUACUCUGGUGCUGUUCAGCCUGCAGAUCUGCAAAGCCCUGGUCUACCUCGAAGGGGUCAACCUGGUACACAGAGACAUAGCGGUUAGGAACGUGUUAGUUGCCAGUCCGGAAUGCGUGAAGCUCGGGGACUUUGGUCUGUCGAGGUACAUCGAGGAUGAAGAAUACUACAAAGCGUCUAUUACUCGGCUGCCUAUCAAGUGGAUGGCCCCAGAAUCCAUCAACUUCAGACGUUUCACCACAGCCAGUGAUGUCUGGAUGUUUGCCGUAUGUGUGUGGGAGAUAAUGAGUCAUGGGCAGCAGCCGUUUUUCUGGCUGGAGAACAGAGACGUAAUCAACCAGUUGGAGCAGGGCAUCAGGCUGCCCAAACCGGACAACUGCCCUCCCGCCCUCUACUCUCUCAUGACCCGCUGCUGGUCCUACGACCCCAGAGAGAGACCUACUUUCACUGAGCUGGUUGUCAAGAUCAAUGAUGUCCACAAGAUGGAGAAGGAGCAGGAAGUAGAGAGAGAGAAGGACAGAGCGCGCUCCACAAAAUAUUUUGAGCCCAAGUCCAACUUUAACGAGCCUCCUCCCAAGCCUUCAAGAAUGAAACCAGGGCGGUUUGGGAACACGCUGAGUAUUGGUCUCCACAUUCAGCUGAACGAGGCUCUGUGUGCCAGUUCUCCUGAUCUGGCCAGCCCAUGUGAAUAUCAGUCCCCCGUCGAUUCCAUGAACACUCUCGCACUGCCAGUCAGGUCCCCUCGACGUCGCAGCAUGGGGGAGAACGAGUUUCUCCGAGUGGAACCAAACAGCAGGGAGGACGCCCAGCGCCUUUGGCAGAGGGAGAAACAAAAUAUGCACGACACUCUCCGUCAGCAGAAAAAGCAGAUGAUGGAGGAUGAAAAGUGGCUGCACAAGGAGGAGAAACUCCUGGACCCCAUGGGACCAGAAGAUCCUGCCAGCCCAGUGUCCCUCAAGGCUGACGCCGAGAAUGCACCUCCAGAGAAGCCCCCACGGCUCACAGCACAGCCGGCGCCCACAGCUGAGCUGGACCGCUCUGAUGACAAAGUGUACACAUCUGUCAUGGACUUGGUCAAAGUUGUUGUUCAACUCAAGAAUGACAUCACUGAAAUGCAGCCAGAUGAAUAUAUCACCAUUGUUAAGUCUGUAGGGAUGGCUUUACGAGAUUUGAUCCGCAGUGUGGAUGACAUACUGCCCACCUUACACGAGUCUGUGAGGACAGAGAUCGAGGGCACCCAGAAGCUGCUCAACAACGACAUGGCGGAGCUGAUCAGUAAAAUGCGGCUGGCCCAGCAGAACGCCAUCACCUCUCUGAAGGAGGAGUGUAAGAAACAGCUGCUGGCUGCGGCACACACUCUGGCUAUGGACAGCAAAAACAUGUUGGAUGCUGUGGACCAAGCAAGAGUCAGGGCCAACUUAGCUAAGCCUGUGGCCCCCUAGUGGACUGUAAACUUCCUGGUUCAGUUUACACACUCAUCUUAAAUCAAGCUUUUUCCUCAUCUGACAGUCAGAAAUAACAUUUGCACAGAGCUGAACAUUUUUGUUGUGAUUGAAUCACUUAAAGCCUUGCAGCAGCCAGUGGUUCCUUACGCAGUCAUCAUCCUCUAAAUGCGUUGUUAAAUUUAAAUAUAAAGUGGUACAACUCAAGCUAAAAAAGGAUGGUUAUGCUCACCAAAGUAGUGUGUAUACUGAAAUGGGUGAUCAAUAGGAUAGUGCUCAAAUAUCAUAUUUAGGAUGCAGUCAUUUCUGACAAACUUCAUUUUAUAUGAACUGUUCUCAAUUGUGAUCGGGUAGUUAUUGAUUUAAAUAUCUGCUCAGAAAGUGAAAUAUCCUUGUAAAUAAAAAAUGUUUCUUAUGACAAAUACAAGAGGUUUUACUGCAGAGAAGAAGAAAAAAUAAUGUAAUGCUAAUUAAAAUUCAAGUAAAUGGUUUACUCUUUCAAAACUGUCAACAGUAACCUGUGUGAAAUGUCGAGAUGACAAAACAAAAAGGUUGGAAAGACAGCAAAAAUGUUUUAGAUAUCUCUUUCAAGUGUCACUGUGACACGUUAUGUUAAAAUUAUGAGCAUUUUAUCUAAAUUAUGAUGAAGACUUAAAAUUGUAUGGAUAAUGAAUUGUCAGAUAUGAUUCAGAUACUGUUCAACUUGAAAAAGCCAAAGGUUUUUGUAUCAUGUCCAUUAUCAUUAUCUUAAAAUAUGAAAUUCUAGCACAUAAGUGAUAUAAAAAUAAAUAUCAUGAUGUAUACCAGUGUA